GGAUUUUCCCUAUGUGGGGAAAUUAUGUCUGGUGGUUUGCUGUCAAAUGGUGUUGUGGUAGUAGGAUCGCCUCCACGAAUUGGUUCACAUCAUGCUGAAAUAUCCAAGUUUCAAGAUGUUUCCACUAGGACAUGCCUUGAGUUGGACUGAUGACUUGCCCGUGUGCCCGCUAUCGGGAGUGGGCUUCUCCACCAAUCAGAUCUACAGAGAGGAUGGCAUCAGACGAGAGGAACAUGAAUUCGAGGACUGCAGCUUCCAUUUCAAAUUCAAAAUGCAUGAUGAGGACUGCUAUCUAUAUGGAGUGUUUGAUGGACAUGACGGCAGCAGAGCUGCUAACUUUGCCGCCCAGAGGAUGCCAGCCGAGCUGUUGCUAGGGCAACUGUCAGGGAAGACAACUGAUGAGGAUAUUAAAGAUCUCCUGAAUCAGGCAUUUAUAGCUGUUGAGAAGAGUUUCUUUGAGUCUAUUGAUCACAUUUUUGCAGAGAAAACAACAAUACAGCUACAGCUGCCUGAGGGUAUAGGGCACUAUGAGGCUUUAAAUCAGUUCCCAGACGUCAUGAAGAAACUAGACGACCUGGAGCGGGAAAUAACAGGGGGGACAACUGCAACUGUAGCUCUGGUGUAUAAAUGCAAGUUAUAUGUUGCCAAUGUUGGGGACACACGAGCCUUGUUCUGUCAGACAGACGAGGGCGGUGUUUUUAAGGUGAUCCAGCUCUCCGUGGACCAUUCUCUCUCCAACGAGGAGGAGCUGAACAGACUGUCUCAUUUAGGGGUGGACGUGGAGAAGCUGAAACAGCACAGGAGGGUGGGCAGUUCUGACAGCACCAGGUGUAUAGGGGACUACCACGUUAAAGGGGGGUACAAAGACAUUGAGACUCUACGAAAUGCAAUAAGGGAGCCUGUGAUUGCUGACCCCUUUGUUCAUGGAAGCAUUGAGAUUGGAAGCCGUCCCAGUUUUCUGAUCAUUAUGUCAGACGGUCUCUACCAGGCUUUACAAGCUGCCACCAACACAGAUCGUGUGAACAUUGACAUUGCCCGAAUGGUGGCAGCCGAAUUUUCUCAGCAGUCCACACUUAAUGGUGUAGCCCAGGCAGUGGUAGAUAAAGUUGUCCGAAUUCACCACGACGCCUUCAUCGGAGGAACGCCAGAAAUGAAACAGAUUUGUCAGAAACGUGGAGACAUUACACUGUUAGUGAGAAACUUUAAUUACCCUCUUGCCAAUGCAAUAAGCAGUCCAACUGCUGGUGGGGCCUAUCACCCAGUGUCUGUGCCAUUUUACAGUCCCCGCCCCACAAACCUGCCACCCACAGUGACCAUACCCAACCUCAGCACUGCCGAGAGGGUGGAGAACCACAGUGGGUCUGGUGGAUCUUCUACCCCAGGAACCCCCACCCCCGCUCAGACACCACCUCGGGACACACUCUCGUCCACUCUGGAAUCUACUUUCAAUGAGACCAACCACACCUACACCAGCACGGAGUCCUCCACUCAGAGCAGUGGAGAAAUGAGAUUUCCCACCAGGUUCUAUAAUCCCAAUAAGCUGGAACUGGACGAAAAUGGCAGAGUGGAGGCCUAUGUGGAUUUCUCUGAAUUUUAUGAGGCCAUUAAAAAACUGACUGACUCACAAAUUGAAUCUCUGCAUGCAGAAACCAAACCCAAAUCAGCAUAUGAACCCAUUACUGAAGAACUUGAUUCCAUGUCAGCACCUGAAAAUUGAAGCUGAACUCUUAGCCAGGGAGAAAAAUAUCAGUCAAAAAAUCAAAGUCAUAGAAGAUCCUUCGUAUUUUGAAUUCUAGGAUAAUAUUUUCUCGAAAGGAGUUAUAUUCUCUUGACAUUUCUUUCAUGAAAUGUUUUUUCUACAGUUAUUAAUAUUGUCUAGUGUUACAUGUAAUGUACCGAUACAUUUUACAUGGAAAAGCCUUACAGUGUUGUUAAGGUGUAAUUUACUUAUAUUAACUUAGACAAUUAAAAAAAUUUGAAAGUGUUCAAAA